CGGUGUCCCCGCUGUAAUUGUGACCCGGUCACCCCGCCGCUGAAAUAACGAGGCAGGUCACAUGACCCCGCCGCGCCACGCUGCCAAAAAAGCCCACGUAAAGCAGACGCUGGUCAGGUGACUAGGAGGUGUGAGGUGUUUGAUGCCCCGCCCACUUCUUGUUCUUUCAGUCCCAGAUGAAGAUGGGGAAUAAUGUGGGCGGGGCCUGGUGUAGAUUUUUGCUCAGUUUAGUCGUUUUAGUGGCCAAAAAAUUAGGGACGGGCCCCCCCGGCGCCGGGUGGGCGUGGCCUGGUGCCCGUCCUCGUCACAGUCUCCGGUCACCGGGCUGAAUUCCUGCGCGUCCACCUGCUGCUGCUGCCAGGUCACGUGACACGGCCAAGCUCCGCCCACGGCGUGUCCUCAAAAAGCAGGUCAAGAGCGGAAAGAGGAAGAAUUCUGGAAGCGGCAUGCAAAUGAGGUCAGUGGGCGGGGUCACAAGUGUCCAAUGAUGUGGUGUUCCUCCGUCAAGCUCCGCCCACAGUGUGUGUGUGCGCGCGCUUACUUAAAGGCUGCAGUCGGCCGCUCUUCAUCCUCACCUUCUUCAUCCUCAGGUGUGUUGGUCCACUUCUGUUGUUGUCAAAGGUGAGUUGGACGUGACUUCCUGCGUGCUGAUUGGCUGCUUGAUUAACACAGCACAUUAGCAUAGUAGGCUCCGCCCACUCUGAUCAUUUCUUUACUUUCAGGUGCAGAAAUGUGUCUGCUUCUUCUCACGGGAGUGUACCUGCUGGUGUGGUCAUGUUGCUCAGCAACACAACCACUGAGGUGUGAGAGCAGAGGGGCGGACCUGGCCCAGGACGCCACACUCGUCCACUGUCCGUCACACUGUGGCCAGCGCAGGCUGUCCGUCUUUGGAACGCACGUCUACGCCGCCAUCUCAUCCCUCUGUGGCGCCGCGCUGCACAGCGGCGCCGUGGGCGUGUCGGGGGGCGUGGUCAAGGUGGAGAGGUUGCCUGGGCAACAGCCCUACGCCGCCUCCUACGCCAACGGCAUCCAAUCACAGGCCUUGUCCCGGUGGAGCUCCUCCUUCACGGUCAGCGCAGCCAAGAAGGCGUUGAAGAAGUUGUCCGUAAAGAAAGUUUUUCGAGGAGGAAAUAAAGACUGUCAAAUGGACAUCGCCAUGGUGAUAGACAGCAGCAGCAACAUUGGUCAGAGACGUUUCAACCUCCAGAAAAAGUUUGUCAGCAAACUUGCAGUCAUGUUGAAAGUUGGACCAUCUGGACCACAUGUUGGCCUCGUGCAGACCAGUGAUGUUCCAAGAACCGAAUUCCUGCUGACUAACUUCACAAACAGCAAAGAUCUUCAGUUUGCCAUCAAAGAGCUGACUCACCUGGGAGGACAUACCAACACAGGUAAGGCCAUCAUGCACGCGACUCAGACGUUGUACGCGCAGGAGAGUGGCGGGAGGCGGGGCCACCCUCGUGUGAUGCUGGUGUUGAUUGACGGCUGGCCCUCUGACGACCUGGAGCGGGCGGCCGUGUUGGCCCGAGAGUCGGGAAUCAACGUCUUCCUGCUGUCCGUCGCCAAGCCCGCCCCCGACGAGGUGGCCAUGGUGCCCGACUACGACUUCACUAAGAAGGCGGUGUGCAAAGACAACGGCUUCUUCAACUACCACAUGACCAGCUGGUUCAGCACCACCAAACACGUCAAACCUCUCACGCAGAGACUCUGCUCGCUGGACGGCCUCCUCUGCAGUCGGACGUGUUUUAAUUCAGUCAACAUCGGCUUCCUGAUUGACGGCUCGUCCAGCGUUGGAGACCCGAACUUCCGUCUGGUCUUGGACUUCUUGGGGGCCGUCGCUGCCAAGUUUGACGUCUCAGACGUUGGCGCUCACGUUGGCGCGGUGCAGUUCACGUACGACCAGCGUCUGGAGUUCGGCAUGUGGGAGCACGCCAGCAAAGACGGUGUCCUGGGUGCCUUGAGGAGGAUCCCCUACAUGAGCGGCGGCACGGCCACAGGAAGCGCCAUCACCUACGCCGCCCAGAACUUGUUCAGGCCCACCGGAAGAGGACGCAACUUCCUCAUUGUGGUGACCGACGGCCAAUCGUACGACAACGUGGGCGGGCCGGCUCUCGCCGCCCAGAAUCAAGGCAUCACCAUGUACUCGGUGGGCGUGGCCUGGGCGCCACUGGAUGACCUGAAGUCGAUGGCGUCGGAGCCCAAAGAAAGCCACACCUUCUUCACCAGAGAUUUCACCGGGUUGGCCGAGUUGGUGGAUCCUGUGGUCCGAGGGAUCUGUCAGGACUUCAGCGUGAAAAACUGAAACACACACACACACACACACACACACACACACACACACACACACACACACAUGUAUCUAUGUAGCCCGUGUACAAACAGACAUACAACCAUCCAUGUCUCUCUUCAUAUUUAUUUCUUUGUAUCCAAUAAACUUUUUUUACAACCUG